AUGGAGAGAUCAAAGAGGAAGAAGACUGGAGAAGGAGCAAAUCAGAGAGUAGCGUUUUACAAGCUUUUCACGUUUGCCGAUCGAUACGACAUCGUUCUAAUGGUGGCCGGGACCAUCUCCGCCGUGGCCAACGGCCUAACUCAGCCGAUUGUGGCAGUACUGAUAGGCCAGAUCAUUAACGUGUUUGGCUUCUCUGAUCAAGAUCACUUGGUUAAAGAAGUCUCAAAGGUUGCUGUGAAGUUUCUUUACCUUGCGGUCUACGCUGGUGUUAUGUCUUUCCUGCCUAACAGAGAUUUCUCUAUACUUCUUUUGCAGAGAGUCUAUUGUUGGAUGGUAACUGGAGAGCGCCAGUCCGCUAGAAUCCGCGGUCUAUACCUAAAAACAAUAUUAAGACAAGACAUCGGCUUUUUCGACACGGAGACUAAUACCGGCGAAGUCAUCGGAAGGAUGUCCGGAGACACCAUUCUUAUUCAAAAUGCCAUGGGAGAAAAGGUUGGGAAAUUCAUUGCACUAGUAUCAACAUUCUUUGGUGGAUUCACGGUCGCUUUUAUAAAAGGCAGACGACUCACAAUUGUUCUUCUUCUGUGCAUUCCACUGAUAGUGGCCACUAGUGGAGUAAUGAACUUAGUCAUGUCGAGAGCUGCUGGUCGUGGUCAACUAGCUUACGCGGAAGCAGGGAACGUAGUAGAACAAGCUGUUGGUUCAAUCAGAACAGUUGUGGCAUUCACUGGGGAGAAACAAGCGACGGAAAAGUACGAGACGAAGCUUGAGACUGCCUAUAAAACUACGGUUGAGACAGGGCUCUUCUCGGGUUUAGGCAUUGGAAUAUUGAUGUUUGUUGUCUUCUGUACACACGGUUUAGCCAUUUGGUAUGGUGCUCGGCUGAUAAUGAAUGAAGGAUAUAGUGGAGGUCAAGUCAUGAACGUCAUUUUCGCAAUCGUCAAUGGAGGAAUAGCGUUGGGGCAGACCUUACCUUCUCUUAACGCGUUUGCGAUCGGACAAGCUGCUGCCUACAAAAUGUUCGAGACGAUAAAAAGAAGACCAAAGAUCGAUGCUUAUGACUCGAGCGGUUUGGUUUUGGAGGAGAUCAAAGGAGACAUUGAGCUAAACGAUGUCUACUUUAGAUAUCCAGCGAGACCUGAUGUGAACAUAUUUGCUGGAUUCUCGCUGGUUGUACCGAAUGGUUCGACAGUGGCUCUGGUGGGACAGAGUGGGAGCGGGAAGUCAACGGUGAUCAGUUUGAUCGAAAGGUUUUACGAUCCCGAGUCAGGACAUGUUUUAGUUGAUGGGAUCGAUUUAAAGAAGCUUAACCUUAGAUGGAUCAGAAGCAAGAUUGGUCUCGUGAGUCAAGAACCUAUACUUUUCGCGACCACGAUUAGAGAAAACAUUGUUUACGGGAAAAACGAUGCCUCUGAUCAAGAAAUUAGAACCGCGGUUGAGCUCGCUAACGCCACUGGUUUCAUCGACAAACUCCCACAGGGUUUAGACACGUUGGUAGGAGAACAUGGGACGCAAAUGUCCGGUGGACAGAAGCAGAGGCUAGCUAUUGCGAGGGCGAUUUUGAAAAACCCUAAAAUCUUGCUUCUUGAUGAAGCUACGAGCGCUUUAGAUGCUGAAUCUGAACGCAUUGUUCAAGAUGCUCUUGUAAAGCUUAUGUCGAGCCGGACCACCGUCGUGGUGGCUCAUCGGCUUACCACCAUUAGAACCGCCAACUUGAUCGCCGUUGUGCAGCAGGGAAAAAUCGUCGAGAAAGGAACUCACAAGGAGAUGAUUCAAGAUCCAAAUGGAGCGUAUUCGCAGCUCGUUCGUCUACAAGAAGGAUCAAAGAGAACAAGAGGAAUAGUCGAUGAACCAGAGAGGCAUGAAACGAGUUUUGAAAUUGAAGGACCGGUUAGCCAAAACAGAAUCCAUAAGGGACACUCAUCGAGCAGCCGUCAUUCCUUCAGACCAGCUGAUUCGAAUGAGAGCGAAGAGAUUCACGAAGUUAACUCUCCCACUGAGGAAGAAACGACCAAGAAACGCAAGAAAGUCUCGUUGACACGGCUAGCUCACCUCAACAAACCAGAGAUCCCGGUUUUGGUGCUCGGUUCAUUGGCUGCAGCGGUUCACGGUGUUGUGGUCCCUCUCAAUGGUUUACUCUUGUCAAGAACGAUCAAGAUAUUCUUUGAACCUUCAAAUCUACUAGAGAAAGAUUCACAUUUCUGGGCUCUCGUUUUCGUCAUGCUCGGUGUAAUCGAUCUCAUCAUCAUUCCGUUUCAAAACUAUUUUUUCGCUGUCGCUGGAGGGAAACUCAUUAAACGCAUCAGAUCCUUGUCGUUUGAUAAAGUUGUUCACCAGGAGAUAAGUUGGUUCGACAAUUCCGCGAAUUCUAGCGGCGCGAUUGGAGCGAGGUUGUCCACAGAUGCUUCGACAGUGAAGAGUAUAGUGGGUGAUACUUUAGGGUUAAUCGUUCAAAACGCAGCUACUGUAGCCGCUGCAUUGAUUAUAGCGUUUACAGCUAAUUGGAUAUUAGCUCUCUUUGUCCUUUUAGUCUCACCAGUCAUGUUACUUCAAGGAUACGCUCAGACCAAGUGCAUAACCGGUUUUAGCGCAAGCGCAAAAGAAAAAUACGAAGAGGCGAGCCAGGUCGCGAGUGACGCAGUGAGCAGCAUAAGAACGGUUGCAUCAUUCUGUGCAGAGGACAAAGUGAUGGAUUUAUACGAGCAUAAAUGCGAGUUACCCAAGAAAGAAGGGGUCCGGUCAGGGUUCUUUAGCGGUUUGGGUUACGGUUUCUCAUUCUUCUUUCUCUUUUGCAUCAAUUCCCUUUGUUUUUACGUCGGUUCCAAGUUGAUUUCCUGGAAUAAAGCCACGUUCGGAGAAUUCUUUCAGGUUUUCUUUGCACUAAGUUUGACAGCCGUUGGAGUGGCUCAAACGAGUGGUAUGGUACCGGACAGGAACAAAGCCAAAGACGCUGCUGCUUCGAUUUUCGAUAUCCUCGAUGGUAAACCGAAAAUCGAUUCCUGUUCUAAUGAAGGAACAAUGCUAGAAAACGUGAAGGGUGAUAUCGACUUGCAACAUGUCAGUUUCCGGUAUCCAACGCGACCGGAUGUUCAAGUUUUUAGUGACUUAUGCUUAACCAUAUCCUCUGGACAGACCGUUGCAUUGGUUGGAGAGAGCGGGAGCGGGAAAUCGACGGUGAUAAGCUUAAUCGAGAGGUUCUACAAUCCGGACUCAGGCAAGAUUCUUCUAGAUCAAGUUGAGAUUCAGACGUUUAAAUUGAGUUGGUUAAGGCAACAGAUGGGUUUGGUUAGUCAAGAACCGGUUUUGUUCAACGAGACAAUACGAUCAAACAUAGCUUAUGGUAAAACCGGUGGAGCCACGGAGGAGGAAGAGAUCAUAACCGCAGCAAAAGCGGCUAACGCGCACAGCUUCAUCAGCUCGUUACCUCAAGGUUACGAAACGACGGUAGGCGAACGCGGUGUACAGUUAUCCGGUGGUCAGAAACAGAGGAUAGCGAUAGCUCGGGCCAUUCUCAAAGAUCCUAAGAUUUUGUUGCUUGAUGAAGCGACAAGCGCGUUGGAUGCAGAGUCUGAGAGGGUGGUACAGGAUGCGCUUGACCGGGUGAUGGUGAACCGGACUACCCUUGUGGUGGCUCACCGGCUCAGUACGAUCAAGAACGCGGAUGUAAUCGCGGUGGUGAAGAAUGGUGUGAUCGCGGAGAGAGGAAGGCAUGAAACGUUAAUGGAGAUUUCAGGUGGUGCUUAUGCUUCGCUUGUAGCUUUUCACAUGAGUGCGAACUAA